AUGGAUCUGGGACUGCCUCUCGAUCCGCGGCUUGGUCCUGAGCACAGCGGCGUCGAGCAGGCUUUCCCGUCGGUGGCAACACCAGUAGUGCCAACUGAUGGACGUCAUCGGCCUGAGCAACAACAUCAUCAGCAGGAGAGGCUAUUGCAGCAGAAACGACAUCACGAUGCAGACUACGACGACGAAUACGACGAAGAAGAAGACGAUGACGAAGACGAAGACAACGACGCUGCCCAGCAGCAGCAGCCGCAGCAGUCGCCGCACGAACAUGGCCCCUCAGCAGACGGCGUCGAUGCCAAGAAGGCUCGGGCCUGCGAGGCCUGUCGCGGGCUCAAGGUACGCUGCGAGCCGGACCCGAACGACGAGGAAGGACCGUGCAAGCGGUGCCGGAAGGCCGGCCGCAACUGUGUCGUUACAGCACCGACAAGGAAGCGACAGAAGAAGACGGACAGUCGUGUGUCGGAGCUCGAGAAGAAGAUUGACGCCUUGACGGCCAGCUUGCAGGCUCGCGCCUCUCAGCUGCCGUCCCUUCCACCUCUUGCGAAGCCCCCUCUCCAGAGCACAAAUACGACGCGGCCUACCGGCCAGGCCUUCCAUUCCCUGAUGGGACACGUGGACGCCGUCAGGAGUUGGGGGAACACGGGCACGCCAUCCCCAUCGCAGCCGCCGCCGCAGCCGCUACCAGCGUCACAGUCGCACUCGCACUCGCACUCGCAGCCACAGUCUGUGGCAGGACAGAAGAGAAAGGUCUCGGAACAGGAGCAACUUGACGGACCCGGUGACAUCGACGACGCCGUCCACAGCCACGGCCACGGCCACGGUAAACCGUCCUCGCCUCGCCUCGCCUCCCAGCCACGGCCGCCACCGACACUUGCGUCGGCUUCACACUCUGAUGACGGAGACAUCGUCGACCGUGGCCUCCUCACCCUCGAAAAGGCUGCAGAACUAUUCUCGAGGUAUAAAGAUUCCAUGACUCGCCAUCUGCCUGCCGUCGUCUUUUCUCCGAGCAUGACCGUCAUGGACCUUCGGAUGACCAAGCCGUACCUCUUUCUCGCCGUCAUGGCAGCCGCCUCGUCCGAGAUGCACGAUCUGCAACGUGUCCUGACCAAGGAACUGAUGCAACUUCUCGCCUACAAAAUUGUCGUCGCGGGUGAGAAGAACCUCGAGCUCGUCCAGACCCUGCAUGUUGCCGUCAUCUGGUAUUGGCCCCCAGAGCACUUUGAGGAGCUCAAGUUCUACCAGCUCGUACACAUGGCCGCCGUCAUGGCCCUAGAUAUCGGCCUCGGCAGGAAGGCACCCCCCCGACGGGGAAUCCAUGCACUCAGCUGGCGCGAGCAUCAGUUCAAACGCCUGCCGCAGGCGGAUCCAACGAGCCUCGAGUGUAGGCGCACCUGGCUGACAUGCCACUUCCUCGCCACCAACACCUCCAUCUCUCUCCAGCGGCCCAAUCUCGUCCGCUGGUCGUCCUUCAUGACCGAGAGCCUCGAGCUUCUUGCUUCCUCCCCGGACGCCGCCCCCACGGACAAGUACCUCUGCCACCUGGUGUGGACCCAUCGCAUGGCCGAAGAGAUUGGCGGCCAGUUUUCCAUGGACGAAGACCCCUCAGCCCCGGUCAACCUCUCCGAUGCGAGAACCCGCUUCACCCUGAGGGCGCUCGAACGCGACCUGGAAAAGUACCGCGAUGCAGUCCCAAGGGAGCUCAUGCAGCCGUCCCUCAAGCUCAGCUUCUACCUGCUCAGCCUCUACAUGCACGAACUCGUCCUCCACACCGGCACGACCGCGGACCAAUUUCGCUCGCCCUUCAGCACCGAAAUCAUCAAGGACGGCAUGAUCAGCUCCGAGCCACUUUCGGCCGCCCACAUCAACGCCCUCUCCGCAUGCCUCUCCGCCGCCGACGGCAUCUUUGACACCUUCCUGUCCAUGGACGUCUCCAAUAUCCGCUGCCUUCCCGUUUUCAAUUUUGUCCGCGUCGCCUACGCCAUCGUUAUCCUCAUGAAAAUGUACUUCUCCGCCUCGAGCCCAGGCUCCGAGCUUGGCAAGGUCAUCCCCAAGACCAACAUGCGUGUUGAGCACUACCUCAACGCCCUGCUCGACAAGUUUCGCACUACCGCUGCCGAUGACAAAUGCCGCCCCGCUGCCAAGUUCCUCAUCGUUCUCGCCAUGCUGAGGAGCUGGUUCCUGAAGCAAAACAAGGCCGAGAGGAGGGGUGUUAACCCCCCCGCCGUCGCCGCCGAAGGCAGCUCCGCGGUGCACGCCCGCCACGGUGCGAACACACCCCUCCAGGUCCUCUCCGAAGUCGCCAUGGGCCGUGAUCCUACCGAUCGCCAGAGACGCACGUCUAGAAACUCCAUGGCCGGCAUGCGCCAGCCGCCCCAGCCUUUUUUCCACGACAGCAUUGCCUCGUCUGGCAGCACGCCCCCUACCUCGACCCACGUCGCCUCGACCUCCGCCAGCAGUACCGGGACCGCCAACGACCACACCUCGGGCGCUGUCGACCCCUCGCUCCCUGCCAACGCUGUUGUCCCACCCUCGUACCCCAUUACCCAGCCGCAGUGGAUGAACCCCCAGCAGCAGCCCAUUCCCGGCCCGGACAUGAUGGGUUUCGCCGCCGGCCUCCUCCCCGGCUUCGACCUCGAGAGCCUUGGCGUAACCCUCGACUCGCGGGACAUGCUACUCGAGGAUGGCGCCAAGAUGAUUCUUAACGAGCCCUGGUUCACCGCGGCGUUCCAGGGCCUUUCCGAUGCAGACUUUUUCCCAUUCUAG